CAUCUACCAAAUCAGUCCCCAAUAUGUCUGAAAACGGUCCUCUCCUUUCUGCGGUGUUUGAUCCGUCAGGGUCACACCUCGCUUCCGCCAUCGUGGCACUCGACGCCCACAAGGUCCGAGUCCAGUCCACCCAGCCAGGCAACUCGGCCUUGGCUCACGCGUUCGCCUUGGAUAAGGGCAGCAAAUUGACCAGCGUGUCGUGGGGCGCAUUGUCCCUGAGUGGUGGCCAGAAGAAGCAGAAGACUGCGGCGAUCGAGCACCAGAUGGUGGCCAUUGGGUUGAACAAGGGCCACAUUCUUCUCUACUCACCAACACAGAACGAAGUGGUUGCCAAGUUAGAAACUCCACAAGGCACCUCCAUCACCGAUUUUCAUCACUCCGAGCUCACCGGAACUGGUUGGUCGGUGGAUAUUACCGGCACCAUCAUCGAAUGGGACCUCCUCACCUUCAAGAUGAAACAAAAGCUCACCUUGGUCCAGGACAACGAGAUCAAGACCGUGCAGACCAUUAUCCACGCCAACGCCCCGCACUUGUUGGUAGCUUCCCACAGCGUAUACUUGGUCGAUCCACGCGCCCCUGAGGAGGCGAUUGCAACGUUCCCGGGCCACGUUUCACCCGUGCACACCAUCUUGCCUGUGAAUGACAACCUCUUCUUCACCGCGGCCAUGGGUGACCGCUUCAUCAACCUCUACUCUAUUGCCAAGCGCGCCACCCAGACGGUGUUUGUAGCACAGUCCAACGUAGUGGCAAUCUCCUUUGUGGAGUUUGACGGUCACUCUGUAUUAGCAGCGGUCACCGAGGACGGCCUCGUGGAGGUGUUCACCGAUGCACUCGUCUCAGCGGAGGUGUCCAACAAGAGAAGAAAUGCCAGAGGCGUGCAGUCGCGGUCGGCAAACGCCACUAUCAAGCUCCAGAGACCGUCUGGGGAUAAGGUGGCGAUCAACUCGGUCGUGAACUUGGACAGCCAGAUUGUAGUGGCGUGGUUGGAGGAGGCUAGCAUUCCGUACUUUGAGCGGAUCAACUGGUUGACCACGGAAGAUAACCAGACGGUGUUGCUUCUGGGUGAUGUGAUGCUUGAGAAGAGCAGACCGAGCAUGAAGCCGACCGACCACUCGCUCUUCGGCCACGACGUGGCCGCACCAAAGCAUUACAACGAAGGGAAUGCGGUCGUCACCAGCGGUGACAACUUCAAGGACCUCGAAAACGAGAGCGAGGAGGAGGCGGAAGAGGCGGAGUCUCUUGCGGAGAGAUUGCAGAAAUUGAACGUGGAACCAAAAAAGAAGAAAAAGGCACAGACUGGGUCCUUGACGGUGGUGUUAUCGCAGGCGCUCAAGGCAAAUGACCACACGUUGUUGGAGACGGUGUUGAACAACCGUGACGCGACCAUCAUCAAAAACACAAUUAGACGCUUGGACUCCGCGUUGGCAGUGGUCUUAUUGAACCGUUUGGCCGACAAGGUGUCGCGUCAGUCCACACGCCAAGGCCAGUUGAACGUGUGGAUUAAGUGGAUCAUGGUGUUACACGGGGGGUACAUGGUUUCCUUGCCAAACUUGGCUCAGACCUUGGCGUCACUCUACGCCACUCUCCACAGACGCUCCGCCAUGUUGAAUAAGUUGAUGGAGUUACAGAACCAUUUGAACAUGUUGCACUCACAGGUCAGUUUAAGACGCGAUAUCUUGGGCAGAGCCACUGGUGUCGAGAAUCCAAAUGAUGUUGAGGGCGAUUCUGACGUGGAGUACAACGAGGAGUGGGACGAUGCCCGCGAGGAGAAUUUGAUUGAUGACGGCGAGGAGGAUUUUGACUCCAUGGAUGAGAUUGAUAUGGAGCAGGAUGAUUACAGCGUGGAAGAAGGCAGCAGCGACGGCGAGGAGGACGACGACACAAAUAUCAAUUCCAUGCUAGAUUUGGAGGCGGAAGAGGGGGAUAGUGAUGUUGAAGUUGGUGUGGAUUACGGUUUAGAGGAAGAGGAAGAAGAGGAGGAUGAGUUGGCGCAUAUUAAGAAUGCUAAAAGUCGUCGCUAAAAGGUCAUCGGGCCUAAGUCCAGGCUAGAAAGCACAGGAUAUUGCCUCUCCAAAGUUAGCAAGCAUAGUUUUAGCCUUCAGAUCAUGUAUAAUAAGUAAAUAAAGCAUUUUAAGUGGA